GACGUUUGCACACAUGUACAUGAGAUGUAAAUGGAAUAUUACAACUACACUGCGCAGCGGACACAAAGCGGUUAACCAGACCGGAACAUAACUUGACUUAAGGAACGAGAGAAUACACCUAUAUUAUGUAGCUACUCAAGUAUAAACUGUAAUGUAAUCCUGUAAUUGUGUGGCGCUGAGUCGAGGCUCGAGCGCGAGGCUGCGGCUGCAAGUGUACUCCGAUCAUUUUCAGAGAUCAGCCGGCCACGCAUGCGCCCUGGCUUCCAUCAUUUCAUUGACCGUACAACUUUUCACUCUGAGCCCGGAUAAUUAAGCUUUCAGAAAUCUAUUGCGUUGCGGCGAAUUUCCUUACAAAGGGCAUGAGAGUACUCAAAGUUUUCGAUAUUUUUAUGUCUUUUGAUAUUUUGGUUUCUCUCAGCUAUUUUGUAAUGUCACCGGCUGAACGUUGUUCCUGGGAUAUUUACAAUGAAGGCUCACAACAACUAUUGGGAUAUGGACUUUACAUCACAGGGGUGUUCUCUCUCUUCAUGAGCGCGCUGGUGGUGGCGGCGCUGGUGAAGAGUUCUCUGACGGAGGAGCGCAGCUUCCUGGGACUCCGCACCGUCUGCGCCGCCGGGCUGGUCCGCUCCUGGGUCUUCGGCUUUCUCUUCAGCGGAGCUUCGGCUAUUAGUGGCAGGUGGUUAUUUAACCCAGACAUUUGCCCUAUCUUUGGAUUCUUCAAGCAGUUUGCGAGUGUGUACCAGAUCGAAGCCGUCACCCACCUGUGCAUCGAGAGAUACGUCCACGCCAAAUACGUUAAGAAUGGCUGGGAAAUGACGAAGUACCACUACGUGCUUUUCAACUUCCUGUGCUGGACCUUCGCCUUCGUCUACUCCCUGCUGCCGUUCAUCUUCGGAGGCACCUACGCUCUGGACUUCACCUGCGCUUCCUGCGCCCUGGACCUGGUCUUGCCAACGAACUAUGGGAAAUAUCUAAUGGCUACGCUCUUGUUCUUCCAAAGCGUGAAACCUGUUCUUUUCAUGGGCUACAUGCUGUACCACGCCAUUGCAAUUGAACAGAAGUGUUUCGAUAAAGAAGAACACCGCAACCAGCUGCUAUUUACUCAGACGACGGUGAAGCUGACCCUCGCGGCAGUGGCUUGCUGGACUCCCGUUUUCCUGGCGACGGCCUGGGCGGUGGUGCCUCAGCUGUGGGGGGCGCCGGCGCCGCAGCCCCCGCGCGCGCUCGCCUUGGCCGCUGCCUUCGGAUCUGAGCUGAACCCUGGAGCGAUUGCUUUGACCAUCUUGUGCAGCAACGAGCAGGUGCGCCAGGCGACCCGCGGCCUCUUCGGCAAACCGGCCCAUCUCAAGGACGACUAAAUUAUUAAAAUAAUCAUAAAAAAUAUUCUAUCCUUACCGUAGUGGAAUGCAAUUCUUGUGAUAGAAAUAGAUGAAUAAAACAAAGAAAUAUAUUAUAUUUGACUCCA